GCGAGCGGGGCGGAGCCGCGCGGCGGGCGGGCGCUGGCCUGGCAGUGAUGGCGGACGACGGGGAUGGCAGGCUAAGGACUGAGGGGAGCAGCGACGGCGGCCUAGGGAACGGGGGCGGCGGGGAUCCGCCGGCCGGCGCGGCGGCGGUGCUGGGCGGUGAGAUGCUGCUGAACGUGGGGCUUCUGGCGCUGGCGCUGCUGGCGGCCUACCGGCUGUACCUGCGCUGGGGGACGCGGAGCGGGCCGGGGGGCGAGGCUCGGCAGAGCCAGGCCGCCGCUCUGCCGCGGAUGAAGCGGCGAGAUUUCUCCCUGGAGCAGCUGCGCGAGUUCGACGGGGCCCACAAUCCUCGCAUCCUUCUGGCUGUCAACGGCAAAGUCUUCGACGUGACCAAAGGCAGCAAGUUCUACGGGCCCGAGGGUCCAUAUGGAAUAUUUGCUGGCAGAGAUGCCUCCAGGGGACUAGCAACUUUCUGUCUAGAUAAAGAUGCACUCAGAGAUGAAUAUGAUGACCUAUCGGACUUAAAUGCUGUACAGAUGGAAAGUGUAAGAGAGUGGGAAAUGCAAUUUAAAGAAAAAUAUGACUACGUAGGUAGACUCCUAAAACCAGGGGAAGAACCAUCAGAAUACACAGAUGAGGAAGAUACCAAGGAUCACACUAAACAGGAAUGAACUUUGUAAACAACCAAAGUCAGGGGCCUUCGGAACUGCAACCUCUUAUUCCCCAUCACAGAAUGUCCUGCAUCUUUGGGUACAGUUCAUCUGCUGCGAAAAACAUUCAACAGUUUUGUACAAGGAAAAUAAUACACUCACAAAGGAAGAUUUGAAUACUAGACAUUAUUUGUGCUGCCAAACCUUUUGUUGCAGUUUAUUUCUAAUGUCUGGUUAGGCUCUGUUAGUGAAGAGGGGCCAGGGAUUUAAAGGUAAAAAUGCUAUUUCUUUUUAUCGGUAAGCUUGAAGCCUUCUAAUAGUCUAUAUUACAAGCUCUCUAAAGGAUGUGAGUCUUCAAGCUCAGUGGGAAGGUUUGACUCUUGUUUCAUGUGUGUCUUCUCCUUCAGCAUUAAAGAAAAACGUGUACAUCAGCAUCAGUGGGUUAGACUGCUGACACUGGUGUUAAAAUGUGAAUUUCCAGUUUUGUUUUGUAUGUGGGUGUUAGUUGCCCUGGCAGAAUACUUCAGUUCUCUAAGAGAAGUCCAUGUAGAUUAGGAUGGAGGUAAAAUUCAUCCUUUCUCUAAAGGAUUGGGUAAAACUGCUUCUCUGCAACACCUAUUAUCUGAAGCCUGCCUCUCCCCCCUUUUCCCAUCCUCUAAAUCCAAUCAAAUAUUAAUUGUGCCUUAUUUCGCUUGCAUAGACUUGAAUUGUUUUAAGGGACAGCCCCAAAAUUCUGGUUUCAUAGUCACUACAAGCAGCAUUGAGACUGAAGUUAGAAUGUUCUGUUGACUGGAAAACCUUGAUGUCAUUCUGUGUAUAGAAUGUAAAAGAGGAAUACUCAGUGUUACUGCCAUAUGUUAAUACUACAUAUACUUCAGUUAGCAUUGUGAUGGCCAAAUGCAUACUCCUGUGCUUCUUUUUAAGUAAUUACAAACACACACAAAAAUCACCCUUCCUCCUCUUCCAGAAGCUGCCUAACUUUGGGGAGCACAGCCUUCACCCCCUUGUAGAGCGAAGGGGCGAGCACGUGUGUCUGUGUGUGCGUCUGUCUUGAGUGCAAGACUGGGGAGGGAUGGUUUCUGCAGUCACUGUAAAUACGAGUUACCAUUUUAAUAAAGCAUGUACAAUACCA